AUGGUGACAAUUCCAUUGAUAUUUGGGAGAUUGACGACAGGAGAUUACACGGACAAAGUAGCUUUGGAUCUGAAAAUUGAUGAAUUGCGCGCAAAGAUCAGCUGCACAGAGGAGAAGAAGUACAGCGCUGAGUACCAUCCACCCGACAAAUGCUCAAUCGGAAACGCAAUCAUGAUCGAAUUGAAGGACCGUACGGUCUUGGACAAGGUCGAGAUCAAGUAUUCUGUUGGACCCAAACGUCCCAAGAUCCUGGAAGUCGUUAAUGACCAAAAGACCUUGGAGAACUUUGACGUUGAAAAGUUCAUGGAUCUCUGGGCCAAAUCUUAA